AUGAUCUCUAUCAAACAAUUAUUUGAACAACGACUCAAUAUGCUUCGAUCACGUUUCCCCACAGCUCAUCACUUCACUGUCUCCGUCUUUGGCUGUCAAUACCACGCCGAAGCACCAAGCGCUGAGAAAUCCAAGUUCAUCGAGAGCUUCGAUGGUCUGAUCGACAAUGCUGCCAUCCAUGUUGAACACAUGGAGCAAAACGACGUCCCCUCCAAGGUUUGGAUGAGCUAUUGGGAGUCCCCCCAAAAGUUUAAACAAUGGUGGGAGAAGGACGACACCUCAUCCUUCUGGGCGUCACUCCCCGAAGAUGCAGGCUUUUGGAGAGAGACAUUCAGUCUUCCUGCCACUCGGGCCAUGUACGAGGGUACUGGCAAGGGUCCGUGGGGAUUCGGGCAUUGCGGGAGCCUGUUGCCGCUCACCACCAAGACCGGGUACUGGGGUGCCUACCGAUCUCGCAUGACCCCCGACUUUGAAGGCGACACGUUCAGUUCCCCACUUCCCACCUACGCGGACGAGCAGCCUGCCCCAGACAAGAUACGGCCCGGCAGAGUCAAGAUCACCGACUUCCCCGACAACCUUUGUAUGGUGGUUGAAGGCCAAGUCUACGAUGCCAUGCAGGAACGCGAGCGGGAUUACUGGAAUGAGAAUUUCGACGGCUUGACAAAGCAGUGGGUCACCAACGUCGUCACCGCAGGUCACGAGCAGGGCAUGGUAGUCGCACGGGCAUGCCACGGUUUCGGAGCAGGGAAACAAUUGGGAGCGACAAACGGGACAACCACACAAAACGGCAUCUUCCCUGGACUAGACUACCUCCGCCAGACGCAGAUUCUGAUCUGGCAGGACAUUUCCAAGAUGGAGCACAUGGGGCGGUACGACAAGACGCAUGUAACGCUCCGCCGCAAUUUCAUGAAGGCGUACGGACCAGGUGGAGAGAUGGAAGGCGGGGAUCUUUUGCUAUGGGUGGAUCUUGGUAUUCUCAAGAGUAAUGAGAUUGAUGCCGAGUAUGUGGGCUGUUAUGAGAAUACGGGAUUUCUGAAGCUUGACAAGGGUCAGUUCUUCAGGGCUGAGGCGGUCAAGUCUUCAAAGUUGCCGUCGUUUUUCGACAAGCCUGUAGAGUCCAAGCCGAUAGAGUGGUAG